AUGACAAUUCUCAUUAUUUUGAACAUACUUGUAUUUAACUCAAUUGCCAUAACAUGUCAAAAAUCAUAUUAUGAAAAGAAUGGAGAUUGUAUUAAAUGCCCUUUGUAUUGUUAUGAAGAUUCUUGUUUAGAUGAAGUAGGUUGUACAAAGUGCAAAGAAGGAAGUUUUCUUUCAGACGAUGGUAAAUGUUAUUCAUGUCAAACUGGAUGUUUUUCUUGCACUGAUUCAACUCAUUGUCAACAGUGUAGUAAUGGAUUUGUUAAACGAGAGGAUAAAUGUUGUAUGGCUUAUUGUGAUGUUCAUUGUAAAUGUAACUCAUGUAAUGAAAAUGGUUGUAUGUCAUGUGUUAAUGGAUUUUAUUUGAAUAAUAGUCAGUGUGUUUCAUGUCCUUUACAUUGUGAUUUAUGUACAUAUAAUCAAUGUUUUGCCUGUGAAAAUGGAUAUUCAUAUGAUUCAAUUACAAAAUCAUGUAUUGAAAAUAAGACUAAUAACUUCACAAUGAGAUUCAUCUUUACUAUUCUUUGUGCAAGUUUAUGUCUUUUAUUUAUUAUUGCAACAAGUUCUAUCUUUCUUAUUUUAAAAAGAGAACGUGAAGAGAGAAUGAAAAAAGUUGUUAAAGCUCUUCUUUAG